UAUUACAUUAGCGGGCUACGUCAACCUCCGAGGAGGCGGAGGGAAUUUUGUUGUCAUCGCCAAAGAUGAUUGAACGCCGAUGGCCACAGAUUUUCACGCCUGAAAAGAAGUGAUUUCACGUAUCACAAGCCGUGCGCCGACGCGAAGUUUAUCGGCGAAAAUAAUCAAACAAGGAUUCCCUAUGAGGGCUGAGACGACGAGGCGCCCGGACUUGGAGAUGUGUCCUGCCCAGACCCAGCUGUGCCUCUGCACCGAGCGUCUCUGGCGACCAGCACGUCCGUGAGAUCCACAGCUGAUCUCGAAUGGAUGACCCAGACUGACCGGGGACACUCGAGUUAUAGUUUCUCUGAGACAUAACCGUGAACUAAGCAACGAUGUCUGUCUCUACGGUAUUGGCAAAGGCACUGUUUGACAACGCGGCAGAAAGCCCGGAGGAGCUGGCCUUCCGGAAGGGUGACAUCCUGAUGGUUCUUGAACAGGAGCAGAGUGGCGGGCCUGGCUGGUGGCUCUGCUCCCUUCAUGGCAGGCAGGGAAUUGCCCCUGCCAACCGCCUUCGACUCCUUCAAACCGCCCAAAACCCAGGCCCCGCUGAGGACUCUGUCUACCUGUCGCCUGGUUCCCCACUGGUGCGGACUGCUGUCAGCAGCAGCGCAGAGGACAUAGAUGGAGUGUACCGCUCCCCGCCAGGCGCGGGUGAAGGAAGAGGAGUUGCGGCAGCCUCGAGGCCAGGGGAGCUGCGCAGAGUUGAGGGUGGCCGCCCCCGCUCGCACUCCAGCUCUGGCACGCGGCCCAGACCCGACUGGGAUAUUGGGGUAGCGGGACGCCCUCGUUCACCCUCUCUGAGAGGAAGAGGCGCAGAAAUGACAGGAACACUUUAUCAGACUCCUGUAAGUCCCGUACCCUCAGCAGCUCAGCAUGCCAGGCAGCCAGGAGCUCUCACGGCUUCAGAGUCUGUGUACCUCGCCCCCACUGGAGUGCCAAGGGCAGCUGAUGAACCAGACGACGCUACAUAUCUAGUCCCCAGAGAAACACUAACAACAGGACACUUGGACGACUGUUACUUGGUGCCCAAAGGUACCCCACUCGCAGGUGAUGAUGUUUACCAAUCCCCAACAGGAGGAGGUGUGACCCCAUCUGUCUGCUCUAAUGGCCCCUCUGUUGUUGGAGGAAUACCUGGCAGCCCCCUGCCCAAAGUGAGCCAAGACACACCUGGGAUGUACCAAACACCCACUGCCGUGGGGUCAAGCCUUCACAGGACUCCAGCCACAGUUUUGGCCCAUCAGCACCCAUCUCCAUUAACCACAGCCCAAGCAUCUCCCCGACCUCUGAUCAAGGGAGUUUCACCCAGCCCUGUUGCAACCAGGGGCAAACCUGGCCUGGCAUGUCACCGGGGCUCCCCUUUGCUGGUGAGAGCCGGACAGAUCAGGGUUCCCGGAUCACCAAAUUUUGCCCGCAAACCUCCUCCACCGGCACCUCCGGUGAGGGGAGUUACAAGGAAAGAUGCACAGCAAGCAGCACCGUCAUCAGAUUCUAAUUCUGUCCCCAAACCCACUGCUCAGGUCACUCCUGCAGGCCCGCAGAAAGAAGUGGACAAACAAAGCGGAAUUCCUCACAAUAAGGAGGAAAGGAUGAACAAUGGCCUGGAGAAUAUCCGAAAUGUGCAGAACAAAAAAGGAGCACAUCAGGAUUACUCAGAUCCUGUUGAUGAACAGGUGUAUGACACCCCUCCCAGUGGCAGGUGGCAGCGUCCAGUCCAAUCUUCCCUCGGUGACGAUGAUGGCAUCUAUGACACCCCUCGCAGCGUCCCACCACAAGACUCUGAGACCGAGGUCUACGAUGUCCCCACUAUCACUCUGAACAUGUCCACAUCAGAUGUCCAGCCUGAUGAAGUUGAUGACGACGUAUACAGCGUCCCCACGCUUCCAGGGGUGCCUCUGGGCCCAGGAGAGUCCACCGCCAGCCUCCUUACCGAGGAUGCGUCCCAGGUUGGACAGAUCUAUCGUGUCCCCGGAUCCGAGAAACGAGCCAGCAGCGGAAGUCAUAACCGGGACUCCUCUGAGCCCGACUGCGGCAUCUAUGACAUGCCUGCUUUGACUGUCGAAGUCCUCCCCCACUCUCUGUCCUCCUCCUCCACCUCUACUCGCCGCCUUUCCGUCUCAAGUAACGGCUCAGGCGACGUGCAGUGGAGAGCCUCGCUUUCCAGCCUCGUCCACUCGGUGCUGAGCACUGCCUCCUGCUCGGCCUCCACUCUGUCAUCACGGGAUCUGGCCACUUCGCUGGCUGAAAUCCUGUCGACCUGGAAAGCCAGUCACUCGGAUGAUCCUCCACCGCCUCUUCAGCAGGCCUGGGCUCGCUUAUCGGACCUCCUGCCAGCGCUUUCCGCCGUCGGAAAUGCUCCUCCAUCCGAAGGGCUCUUGACGCUGGUCCAGCGCUCCCUCGAGGAAAGCGCUCUCCUCUUGCAGGCUCAGGGCCGCCCCCGCCUGCCAUCUCAAGACUCCUUGUCCCGCAGGCCGUUGCCCGCGCUGCCCGUGCCUGACGGGAAGUCUUCAGGAGGUGGGAUGGGCUCCCGUAAAGGUAGCUGGAUCCAGGAGAGGCCACUGCCCCCCACCCCUCAGCCUGCGUUUCCCCUGCCUCCAACUCCACCGACAGUGACGCUGACAGUCGGCCCUCUUGAUGGAGAAGAUGACCCCAGCAAUGAGUACGCCGGGAUUGGCCUGACUCCCAUUCCUGCCCCAGUACCUACUGGAGACAGUGUUGGAUACGUCAAGCUGCAGGGUAAACCUGAGCCGCCUCCCGACAGCCUGACCGAGAACGGACAAACUAUCACCACAGAACCGAGGUUGAACCAAACCCCCCUCCCGGUGUCCCUCUCCCUGGAGGAUUCGGAGCUGCUUUCCUUUUACUCCUCUCAGAGCCUCGCUCACCUCUCCUGCCUGGCCGACGCCAUCGACGUGCUCUUCAGCAGCGUUCAGGGCAACCAGCCGCCGCGCAUCUUCGUCGCCAGAGGGAAGAGUCUCAUCGUGACGGCGCACAAGCUGGUGUUCAUCGGGGACACGCUGUCCCGCCUUCUCAGCUCUGCUGACCUCAGGGCCAAGAUCACAACCUCAGGGGGACGACUAUGCCAGGCCCUGAAGUCCGUUGUCGUGGCAACAAAGGGAGCAGCACAAAACUACCCGUCGGUAUCCGCCACGCAGGAGAUGGUGGACCGCGUCGCCGAGCUCUCCCAGCAGGCAGCUGGCUUCUCCACGCUGCUCCAGCGUCUGGCAGAAAUAUCCUCAUGAUAUUUCACAUUGCUCGCGUGAAAACUUUGUUUACACUACACGUAUAUUCCUCCCUCCCCCAUGCCUUAUUUGUUGUUAGACUCUUUCAUUACCUUUCGUUUGAGUGGGAUUUGAAGCAAGUGGAACGAGUGUUGGGCCUGGCUGCAGCUGUUACGAGGCUGGGUUUUGACUGUGUUGGUCCUGUCCUUCAAGUGUGUGUUGGUUUGCCUUUGUUUAUAUACUGACCUCCAUGCUUUGAUGCCAUGCACACUUGUCUUUUUGAGUGUUAACUUAUUGAAUAUUUGAAGCCCCGUCGUGGCUUUGAGCAUCCGUGCAGACCGCUUUUUUUUUCGGGGGGGAGCUUUGCUUUAUUGUGUUUGCCAUAUUUUCUUCCCCUCACAUGAUAGCCACUGUUCCUUCCUUCCUCUAUUUAUUUAGCCACCCCCCCCCUUUUCCAAAAAUAGCACAGGAGGAGGCCUUACAUCCUGGUUCUGGCCUACUUUUUACUGUGAUACCUGAAAGGCCUUUUUGUGAUUAUCAUUCUCAAGCUGUUGAAGCUGCAUAUCGAGUGUUUGGGGCUUAACAUGGGAGAAAUGGAAUAGGGUGUGGAAAAGGAAGUUUGCCCGACUUCCAUUCUUAAUCUGUGCAAGUAUGUGUUGUGUUGCGUGUAGUACCCAUCUCCACUAGAAAGCCAGGAUUAACUGCAGUACGGCGUGAAAUCCCUUCGUGAGGAUUAUAAUAAACAUCGCUCAACACGUCGCAUUCAUGCAGACUUAUGCACCUCAUGAGUCCCGUCUGACAGAGAGAGAUGAUACCUGAGAAGUGAUGCAACGGCUGACAGUGAAUAAUGAUCGUUGGGUAAUCCUGUUCUUUCCCACAGUCACUUGUAGCCUGGCAAUGGAUAAGAAACCAGUUGACCGGGCUCGCCUGUCUCCACAUGUCGUCUUACGAUCCACAUGCUCGUUUCUUCGACAUGCUUCGUUUUUCACGUUCAUUUCCCACAAAUAUGUUGUUCACCCUGUCAACAGUGCGUACUCACACCUGCUUUGAUGGGUUUUUUUUACAACUUUGCUGUGAGGGCUGGGUGUUAAAUAUAUCUAAUAAUGACAGUCUAGAGUAACAGUGGAAUACAUUUCACACUGGAUUUUAAACUUAUCACCCAGCCUAGGUGGUUGCUGAGAAGAAGCAUAUCCCACUUUUUGACUGAAGUGGGAGAAUUUUGCGUUUUCUAACAAAAAUCCCUAUCGGUUUUCCAUUUCAAGCAUCUGAUUUUCAGGAUGAAGCUGUGGUUGAACGUAUAGUCGUAUGGAAGCUGAACAAUAAAUGUACACUACAAAUAUUGACAGUGAAAACACUCGACCAGCUUCAUCUUUGGGGUGCUAUACAACGUUGGAUUUUUUUUUCUUUUUUGAAGUGUCAGGAUCUAUUGUCUGUAUCGUCAAUCAUAUUGCUUAACUUUAUAAUCAAGUUUUUGUUUUUCCAGAUCCAAAUCGGUGUCAGUGUCAGGGCAUUGCAUAAUCAUCCUCUGUGUUGUGUGGCUCACUUUAUAUCACUCUUUAAGGAAUACUUUAUCUUUAUUCUUCCUUUUUACUUUUUUUCUCUCUCUACUGCAGUGCCACCUUGUGGAGGUUUUGAAGUAUUACUUAAUGAAUACCUGCCUGCCAAAACAGGCUCUAUACUGUUGGGUAUGAAGAGAGCGUGUAACCUGUGGCUCUUUAUUUAUUAUUGUUAAUUUUUACGUUCUUUGCUUUCCAGUUUGCAUGGCUUUAAGUUGCUUAAAAUUUAUAUAUGCACAUCCUUCACCAGGGAUGGUGCUUCUGGGUAAUUUACAACAAACAAAAAGGUUUCUACCUGUUUUUUUUUUCUGUUUUUUUUUCUCAUAAAAAUAUUUGAGCUCAAAGAUAUUGCUGUAUUUUCUUUUGUACAAGAAAAAAGGUUUUUACACUACGUGAACUCAUUUGAAGCUGUCAUCCAUAUUUGCUGAGGUAUAGAAGCGAUUCCUUUUUUUCCUCCUCCAGUGAGCAGACCUAAACCACUUUACUUUUAACACUACAUUUGAUGUCUGUCUUGUAUUCCUGUUCAGAAUGCACAAAUACAUCUUUUGCAAUUAAA